AAAGAAAAAACAUGGCUGCGCCCUUGUGGGUACGAUGUGCUGCUAGAAACUGUGUCUUCGUUUACAAAAGUUUAGCUCCUAAAGAGUCACGGCAUCUCUCUGUUGGUCAAAGGUUAAAUAAUACUAAUCAAGAAUAUGCAUCCGAAAGUUCUGAGCCUUCGCUAAGCAAUAAGAAUGCCCCAAAAAGUACAGGAGAAACAGCGUUGGCUGGGUUUGCGAGGGUUCUGGAGAAAGCUCGCAGCCAGAGUAUAGAGGCAAAUGUCGAUAACGAAGAUGACAUUGUUAAAACAGAACACACAACAUUUGCUGCUAUGCUACGUCACAGCAAGCUGAUGCAGCUUGGUGACAUUGCAGGGAGGACGGUGGCUGGAACAGUUAUUGAGGUUGUGGGCGAUGACCUUUACAUCGAUAUCGGUGGAAAAUUUCAUUGCGUGUGUCCACGUCCCAAGUUAAACGCAGAGCGUUACCAUCGAGGCACAAAGGUUAAGGUGCAAGUGAAUGAUCUGGAAAUGUCCUCAAGCUUCCUUGGAUCCAACAAGCAUAUAACUCUUCUGGAAGCAGACGGCACUCUUAUAGGCCUUCGCCGCCAGCCACAACAUUAACAAUCAGCAGCAAUUAGUUCAGAGAGGACUGUGCUGGACAUUGUGAAACUGAAGAUGAUUGGCUGUCAGUCCACUAUGAACCAUGAAAAGAAACAAAAGGACAUCGAAACCACCUAAGUACAGUGGCGAGGUGUUGUUGUGGCCCUAUGCUCCUCGAGGAGUAACAGACUAAACCAACCACUAUGAACCAUUAUCUUAUCCAUUUGAGUAUCUGAUAUUGCCAUCUGAAUACAACUUUGAAUUAGACAAUGUGUGUGUGUAUAUAUACACAUGCAUGUAUGAGAGAGAAUAGAUUUUCCAUAAUGUAAAAUCAAUAGAUGUUCAUUUAUACAUCUGAUUUUGUAGAGAUUGUUAGCUUUAUUCAUGGUCUGCUAUUUGUUAUGAGUGUAAUUUCAUGCAUGUAUGAUUUUUUUUUCCAGUAGUAAGAUUGUUUGCCAUGUCUGAGUAAUUGAGGAAACACAAAAAAAAAACCCUCAUUAAUAUGUGACUGAAGAAUAUCUAAUACAAUGAUAGAAUUCAACAAGCCAAAUAAUAUUUUUUUGUGUUUUUAUGCAGCAGCACGUUGUGGUCCUGCAAUAUAUUUACAGUGAUAUAUAAAAAUAAACACAUUGAAAAAGGUA